AUGCAUAUGCAAGAAAACUUGCCUGAAGACAUGCAGCGUGCCUCAUGGUUGGAGAAAGUGACAGGUGACAUAGGCUUGCAAAAACUUUCUAGAAGUCUUCUGGAACUCAACACUACAGGUCACUGCUUGCAGCAAGGUAGUCAGCACCAAAUUCAAAGCAACAUUAACUUCCUGUGUGGGAAAACACUGGGUACCCCUGAAUUUGUGACAGCAACAGAGUGUGUCCACUAUUUUGAAUGGAGGACCUUUGUGGCUUGCAAGAAAGACUCGUUUAAACCUGCGAAAGAGGUCCCUUGCUAUGUGUUUGAUAAAGAUUGGAAGAAACACGACUUGAAUCCUCUCAUCAAAGUUUCAGGACACUACUUGGUGGAUGAUUCUGAUGAUGAAUCUUUGUUCAUAAACGUUUGCAGGGACUUAGGGAGUUCAAGUGGAGAGACCAGAAACUGCCCUGCUGGCAGCGCUGCUUGCUUGUUAUAUGAAGGUCGGGCAUAUGAUGUUGGCCAUCCAAAGGAACAGCUGGAACUUCAUGACAAAGACAGGUAUGUAAUUUUUGUGGUGGUACUUCUGUGA